CCUGUACUCUUACCGUCUCUUUUCCCUCCAACCCAAUCCAAUCCCUUCCUCUAUUUGCAAGCCCUCCCUAUUCCUAUUCCUUUCACUACUCACACCACAAUCUGUCCGUCUCUCUCUGAAAACUUGUUGUUUCCGUUUGGGUGAGAUUGGUGAUGAAUGGGAUGGAAAGAGGAAGCGAGGGAUCAGAGGAAUAUUAACUCAUAUCAGCAAGGAGCACGGAUGUGCACCCCCAAGGUUGGCCAUGGUCUUCUCUGCCGCUCUACGCCCCAUUCUUCCCGCCACCUCUUCUCACCUUUGCUCCAAGUUAUGCUACUCGAGGCUCAACAAGAGGCAGGAUAAACUAGCUUUUCCGAUGACAAAAAGAAGAGGCCAUUGCUUGAAGGUCGUUAGAGCAGUCUUAAAUAAGAGGAAGAUUAGCAUUAAUGACAAUGGGCCAACUGAGUCUGCAAAGAUUCUUCUUGAGAGAUUGUUUGAGCAGACGCAGAAACUGGAAGAACAGAUGACCCAAGAUUCUUACCCCCCUGAAGAUGUUCAGCCGCUGCUUAACCUUGAGGUACUGGAGUCUGACCUUCAGGCUGUAUUGUUAGCCUUGAAGCAAAAGGAAGAAGAUCUACAGGAUGCUGAAAGCAUAGUCUUGUUGGAGCACAGUCAAUUAAACUGUGCAAAGGAGGAGUUGGAGCGGCGGGAUGAAGAAAUUGCUGCUGCUCGCUGUAAGCAUGAACAAUUAGAAGAGGAGAUGAAGAAAUCUACUCGUACUUUAGCUUCUCAAGCCAGGCAGAUAGAAGAUCUAAAGCUUCAACUCAAGAAGAGAGACGAGGAGGUUGCCACUACCCAGUCUUCCCUAUCUUUAAAAGAAGAGGAAAUGGAAAAAUUGAGAGUUGAAUUGGUGAAGAAGAUUGAAGAAGCUUCGAAGACUGAUUCUGAACUUAAAUCUAAAAUCCAGCUCUUAAAUGAAGCCAAUGAAGUCAUACAGAAACAAGAAUAUGAGCUUCAGGGACUCCGGGAAGCUAUCAGGGAGAAAGAAGAAGAACUAGAAGUUUCCUUGACCCUAAAGAAACUUGAAGAGGAGAAGCUAAAAGCUGCAGAGGCCAAUCUGGAGAAGAGGACAAUGGAGUGGUUAUUAGCCCAGGAAGAACUGAAUAAAGUGGCAGAAAAAGCAUCCAAACAUGCAAGGGAAACAGAUGAAACUCUGGAGGAUUUCAGAAGAGUAAAAAAACUUCUUGGUGACGUGAGGUCCGAGUUGGUUUCUUCUCAGAAAUCCUUGGCAUCCUCUCGGCAGAAAAUGGAAGAACAAGAGGUCCAGUUGGAAAAGCAACUAACAGAACUUGAGGAACGGAAGAAAAAUGUUAUGUCGUAUAUGGUGAGUUUGAAAGAUGCCCAAAUUGAAGUAGAGAGUGAGAGAGUAAAGCUUAGAGUUGCACAAGCUCGAAAUAAGGAGCUUGAACGGGACCUAUCCAUGGAGAAGGAGCUGAUGGAAGAGUUGCAGGAGGAGUUGAAUAAAGAGAGAACUUCUCUGCAGCAGGCAAUCCAGGACAUGUCAUUGCUCCAGGAAGAGCUAGACCGAAAAAACACAGAAUUUGAAAGGAUGAAUAAUAUUCUCCAGGUGAAAGAGUCAGAGUCGGUGGAGGCUAAGCUUGAAAUCCAGCACUUGAGAUCUGAGCAGGCUGCACUUCAGCUUAUCUUGGAGGAGAAGGACAUGGAACUCUUAAAUGCAAGGAAGAAGUUGGAGGGAUUAAACCAGGAAAUUGGAGAGCUAAAGAUGCUUAUGAAUAGCAGAGAGGACCAGCUUAUUUUAGCCACAACUAUGCUGAAGGAGAAGGAUGACCAUGUUCAGUUGAUGAAAGAUGAGUUAAAUGAUGUCAAGCUGAAGUUCUCUGAAGCUAAUACUGCCGUUCAACAGAUUGUAGAGCUAACGAAUAAAUUGGCCAUGUCCAUUAAGGAUGAAAACUCUACUGCAGUGAGUGCAUUUGAUGAUAUGGGCCACGAUUUCCUCCAGCAGCUAUUAGAGAAACCUACAGACGGUUUUAGUUUGCAGAAAAGACAAGUUGAGACUGAGCUCAAGUUGACCAGAGAGAGCUUAAGAAUGAAAGAAAUUGAAGUGCUAGCUGUACAGAGGGCCCUAACACUCAAAGACGAGGAACUCAGAACUGUUAUUGGGAGAUUAGAUGCAAGGGAGAAAGAACUAAAAAUGUUGAAGGAAGAACUGAAUGAAGAUGCUAAUGAUCCGAGGAAGCUUUAUGCUUUGGCACAAGAGAGAAUUGGUGAUGGAAGUAUUGGGGACUUGGCACUUGAGAAGCUUCAGCUCGAGGCAGCUCAAUUGGAAGUUGAGGCUGCAACUUGUGCUCUCAGCAAACUUAUAGAUAUGGGUCGGCAGCUUUUAAAUAAAGCUAGCGUAAGCCUUGAUGCUGACAAUGAUGCAAGUGUCUUGCCACAAGAUGACUCCGAUACGGGGAUAGAUGUGGUUGGGCACAGUGAAUGUCUGACUGAGGUUAAAUAUGAAGUUGAAAGGCUCUCAGCUUUGACAGAGCAGCUUGUGCAAGAGGCUGGAAUUGCGUAAAUAGUAAACUGACUACGAAGCUAGCGACCAGAUUUUGUAUACACAUUGUUGACAUUUUCUAACAGCACCAAUUCAUAUAGAUCCGCUCCUUUAUUGUGACAUUGUUGACGAAAUAUGUUCAUAUGUGAAAGGUUAGAUUUUUUUGUUUUGU